AAUCUAACGGCGUCGUUCUUAUUUUAUGCUUCUUUCCUCUUCACUACUGAAGCGAUUUUUUUUUUCCGAAUCUAUCACAGUAAAGUAGCUUUGGACGGCGAUGACGGCGGCGGCGGCGUGUUCGUCAUACACCAGUGAAGUGACGGAGAGAAGAGGUAUACCGGCGGCAUCAUUCGUACAAGACGUUCAGUCCUAUCUCAGCCAAUCUGGUCUCGAUGUUAACUCUGCUCUUGCAUUCCUACAAGAAAGACUUCAGCAAUACCGAGUGGUUGAAAUGAAACUUCUGGCCCAACAGAGGGAUCUUCAGGCAAAGAUUCCUGACAUAGAGAAAUGCUUGGAUAUAGUUGCUACUUUGCAAGCUAAGAAGGACAGCAGUGAGGCACUAGUCGCUGAUUUUGAAGUGUCAGAAGGUAUUUAUUCCCGGGCUAAGAUUGAAGAUGCUGAAUCUGUGUGUUUAUGGCUAGGGGCAAAUGUCAUGCUGCAGUAUUCAUGCGAAGAGGCUACUGCACUUCUUCAAACAAACUGGGAAAAUGCAAAAGCGAGUUUAGAGGUUCUUGUGGCUGAUCUACAAUUUUUGAGGGAUCAAGUGACAAUUACUCAGGUCACAACUGCUCGUGUAUACAACUGGGAUGUUCAUCAACGUCGACUUCGACAAGCUACUACUCCCAAAGAAUCAUGAGACACAUGACAUUGCAUCACAGAGUACGAUUCAUAUCUUUUUGGUUAAUUUUUGAACUGUUGUUGCAAAGAUCAUGAAUUUCUGUUUGGUUUUGCCAUCAUUAAUGAGUUAAAUCUUUGCAUCAA